ACUCCCUGCCUGAGGCAGUUGUUCCCUCACUAGAGAACCGAAGCUGGUGAUCCUUUGGAUUUGUAACGUAGGGAGAGCCCACAAAUUCUCAGUGCCCAGAGGUCCCGUCCACGCCCUGAGCCGCACCCUCCCAUGUCUGGUUCCUGGUCUGGCAGGGCGGAGUUUGGAUGGUGGGGCUGGGUUCUAUUUGAGCUACGUAGCAGAUGCUGGUCUAGUCCUCGCAGGUGAUCCCUCCAGUCGCUUCAGCACAAAGACGAAAUUUACCACAACCAGGAAAAUGGCUGAUGGAUUUUCACUUAAUGAUGCCUUAUCUGGGUAUGGAAACCCAAACCCACAAGGUUGGCCACAAGGUCCUUGGGGAAACCAACCCCCAGGUGCUGGAGCAUACCCAGGCUAUCCUGGAGCUCACCCUGGUCCAGGAGCACCUGGAGCCUACCCUGGUCCAGGAGCACCUGGAGCCUACCCUGGUCCAGGAGCACCUGGAGCCUACCCUGGUCCAACAGCACCUGGAGCCUACCCUGGUCCAACAGCACCUGGAGCCUAUCCUGGACCAACAGCACCUGGAGCCUAUCCAGCUCCAGGACAACCUAGUGCUCCUGGAGUUUAUCCUUCUUCAGGGGCCACUGGUACCCCUAGUGGACCAAUAGCUCCUAUGGGAGGCCCACUGGUAGUGCCUUAUGAUCAUCCCCUGCCAGGAGGAAUUAUGCCUCGCAUGCUGAUAACCAUUCUGGGCACAACAAAACCUAAUGCAAAUAAAAUUGCCUUAGAUUUCAAGAAAGGGAAUGAUGUGGCCUUCCACUUCAAUCCACGCUUCAAUGAGGACAACAAACGAAUUAUUGUUUGUAAUUCAAAAUUUGACAAUAACUGGGGAAAGGAGGAAAGACAUCAAAUGUUCCCAUUUGAAGCUGGUAAACCAUUCAAAAUUCAAGUUCUUGUUGAGACCGAUCAUUUCAAGGUUGCUGUCAAUGAUGCCCACUUGUUGCAGUACAAUCAUCGAAUGAAAAAUUUAAAUGAAAUCACUAAGCUGGGCAUCUCUGGUGAUAUCAACCUUACCAGUACCUCACAAACUAUGAUAUAAAUGUAAAAGGUCAGAAACAUUCCAAAAGGAAUUUCCUAGUAAAACAUACACUUAAUCAUCAUAUUCAUUGUGGGUAUUCAUCAUAGGAGAAAUCAUAAAGUUACUCAUAAUGCAUUUACUUUCUUUGUCAUAGCCACACAAAAUUUAAUAAAUGGUCUUUCACUAAGUACAA